AUGAAACCAACCACGGCUCUCUUUCCUACGUUAGCUGUCGAGCUUAUCGAACUCAUCGCGAAUGACGUCGAAGGGGAAGGUCUACUCGACCUCCGCUUGGCCUGUCGCGAGCUGCAAAAGAAGACGUUCCAUUGUUUCGCGCGACGGUUCUUUACUUCCAUCAAGACCGACCUCUCCGACGAUAGCCUCCAGCGGGUCGACGCUCUCUCACAACACGAGGCCCUCCGACCCUAUGUACAAGGCUUAGCUUUUAUGCUUCAGAAUGGGGUCGGUCGUGGUCUGGUCUUGGACCGUCACCCAUGGGGUUCUUUGUCAGCGCCAAUGGAGGUUGAGGCGAUCCGUCGCCUGCGCGAUAACCUCACCAAUAAAUUAACCAAAUGUCGCUCGUUCUUCAUUUUCUGUCGAUAUCCCGAAGGACACCCAGAUAUGAAUCGCGUCACUAUAACCGAUGCGGUCGCUGUAUUCUUUGCCCUCAUCGUUGAUGCGCAACUACCAGUCUCCUCAUUCCAUCUGAUCUACGCAAAUAAAUUUUCCCGAACGUUGAUUAUGGACAUGCGCCGUUUGCCUAAAUUACUAUACCGACAGCCCGAGUUCAAAGUGGUCUGGUCAAAUCUACAGAAGUUAUCUCUCGAGCAAUACCUGACGCUCGACAAUUUCGGCUUUCUACUUGAACUGAUCCUGAGUGCGCCUAACCUGAGAACACUUCUCCUCAAUCUUGGGUCUCACGAUUUGGCUUGCGAGUUCAUGCAUGAGCUAGCUGAAACAGCGAUAUUUUCUCAACUAAAAGAACUGGCCUUAUUCCGAACUUUGGUGAGGGCUCCAGAUCUUAUCAAAAUACUGGGACGUCUGCGCGAGAACCUCUCAACCUUGACAUUCUACCACGUCUCAUUAGCACAAGAUGACAAUUGGACCUCUGUGCUCCAGGAGCUCGGUCGAGACUUUGUAGCUCUAACGAGUAUCUCCCUAUACUAUCUAUGGACCAAUGCAUCCAGCAAGGAAGUGCUCUCAUUUCCGGAUAUUCAGAAGGUGCCUAUGAUCUAUGAGUCCUCAGGUCAACGUCUUCAUAUGCUUUAUGCCGAAAAACCGAUCAAGAAUCCCGCAGUACUCGGUGUAGAGUACUCAGGGUCAAAGGUGCCCCAAGUCUUGAGUUUGUUACAGACUGCAGCCAUAUAUAAGUGA